GGGGACGCGCUAGCGGGUCAUGGCGGACCUCACUUUAUGCGCGUUCCUCACCAAGGUGCUGUGUGCUCACGGCGGCCGCAUGUUCCUGCAGGACCUGCGCGGCCACGUGGAGCUGUCGGAGGCGAAGCUGCGGGCCGUGCUACGGCGCGCGGGCCCGGAGCGCUUCCUGAUGCAGGAGGUGGAGCUGCGCGACGGCCCGUGGGACGCUGAGGCCGAGGUGGCGGCGGGCGCCGGCGCGGGCUCGGGCUCAGGCGGCGGCGCCACGGCCUGCAGGGUGAUGGCCGUGUCCUCCGCGCGCCUCUGCGCCCGCUACCAGCGCGGGGAGUGCCAGGGCUGCGACCAGCUGCACUUGUGUCGCCGCCACAUGCUGGGCAAAUGCCCCCACCGCGACUGCUGGUCUACCUGCUCCUUGUCCCAUGAUAUCCACACACCCAUCAACGUCCAAGUCCUGAAAAACCAGGGACUUUUUGGCCUCAAUGAAGCACAGCUUCGAAUCCUGCUUUUGCAGAACGACCCCUGCCUUUUUCCAGAGGUCUGUUUGAUGUACAACAAAGGUAGCGAUGCCCUCUAUGGCUACUGCAACCUCAAGGAUAAGUGCAACAAGUUUCACGUAUGCAAAUCCUUUGUGCGGGGCGAAUGCAUAUUUCAGCCCUGCAAGCGCUCCCACCAGCUCAUCCAUGCUGCCACCCUGAAGUUGCUAGAGGACCAGGAACUUAGUGUCUCAAGCGUCGUGAAUUUCCAGAUCAUCUCUAGCUACAGACACAAGAAAUUGCACAAGAUGCUUGAAGAGAAAGACAACCCAGCUUCUACUGAGCCAUCACAAGGCCUUGGGAAACAAGGAGCUCUCUCCGGGGCUGUGGAAGCCAGGCCUUUUCUCCCUGCCCGUGCUCAAUCGCCCAGGAAGCCCCAUUAAACCUUAAGACCGUCAGAGGAAUCGAGAAGCAGCUUGUUCAUCUUGGAGGAUCAGAAGCAAGACUUCUGUUGAGCUGGAGGUUUUAGCUGGUCUUUCUUUCCCUCAGUUAGUAUCAUUGGCAACUCUAAUACCUACCUCACAACUGAUUGCCAGAACCCAGGAUGGAAAAUACACUUUCGGCUGAAGUUGGACCUGGAGCUGGCAAAGAGAGGGUAAAAUUCUGAGCGUGUAGUCCAGGGCGAAUCCUGAAGCUCUAGCCUCUCUCUGAAUACCUUCGUGCCUCUGGACAGAGCAGGUUUCUGCUGCCUUCUGGGUCCAGCUGGUGUUUUCUAGACUCCAUUUACAUAGCUUACAUUAUAGACAUUGCAGUUUGUGCGUGCCGUGUAUUAUUUGUUACCUGUGUUUAUACAUAGUCCCUUUUUGCACAGAAUUAUUAGUAUAGUUUAAUCACCUCCCUUAUUCUGGAAUAUUUCAUACUCCUAACAAUGUUUGAAUAUCUCAUUUUGUAUCUGUGCAGUAUUGAAUUUAAAAGCCAAUUUGUACCUUUGCUUGGUUUGUAGGUACUAAAUAAUACUGUCUUCUGAUACACAUUUCUUUAACCAUCUGUGUAGAUAACCUCUGUCCCCGCUUUCUGUGUGUUUUGCUUGAUUUUGUGAAUUUCCUGUGUUGCAUUUUGUGGUUCGAGCCGUCUGUGCUGUCGUCAAUAUUGUGUUCAUAAUAUUCAAGUUUCUGGGUUCAUCCUCAGUCAGCAUCCCAGCUAAUAAUCUUUGGGCUCUGCCCAGAGGUUUCUACCUCGCCCCUCUCUCAUCUUCUAUUGAGCCUAUCAGAGCUCAGCUGCUCUAUCUUGAAGGAUGUAUAGGUCACUCCUUCCAGUUGUAUCUCCCUGGUGUGGAUGGGGACAGGCCAUCAGAAGUCUAAAUAUACCUUGCCCAUUUCAUGGUUUCUCCCUCCUCCCUUUCCCACUCCUCCCCUUCCCACUCCUCCCCUUCCCACUCCUCCAGCCUCCAAAGAAAUUGCAUUUGAUUAUUAUUAUUUACACUCUGUCAUUUUCCUGUAUGUAUUUUGCUGUGAGCCGUCUUACGUUCUUAACGGGAUGAGGUAGCUCAGUGCAUGCCCUUUCCAUCCGUAGACGUGGCAGCUUUGACAGGAUUGUCUUCUCGUGCGUCUCACCGCCAUGCUUGUAUACAUGAUGUUACCUGGGAGUGUCUGUAAUCAUUAUUGCAACAUUUUCUUCAAGUCCAUAAGAACUCAGUUUAAGUUUCGGUUCUUUGGGGAUUUAGUCUACUGAAUUCUCUUUCUGUAUAUAUGGUUCUGGGAAUGGGCCUGCGGCUCAUGUGUGCUAGACAAGUGCUCCACCUCUGAGCUGUAUCCUCAGCACUCAAGUCAGCUUCUGUCAUUGUUAUCGGACCGAGGCUGGCUGCUCACCUCAUGUCGGGCAGAAAAAGUGAAGAGAUGUGCUGAGGGAAGAGGGAGAUUUGAUUCACAAAUCUUCUUAGAAAGGAAGAACUGGGGUGUUACAUAGCCUGACUCUCUGGGGAGCUACCUUGCAGACAGCUUAUACAAGUGGGUGAUGGCUGACCUUGGGCACUUUCUCCCAGUGUGUGGGCCGGAUAAGGCACAGCUCUGUGCCAUGUCUUGAAGUGUUUUCACUUCUUCCUGUCUCCGAAAUGGAUCGGUAUGUUCUUGGGUUUAAUGGAUCGGUAU